GCCAAUUAAUAUAACUUUAUUCCUUAAUCGUAACAUAGGGCUUGAUAUCGUCCCUUUUACUGUUCGUCCCUUUUUUCACUCUAUUUGGCCCCUGUCGUGAUGCAAGAAGAGCUCGCUGUAGCUGUUCAGACUGCCAGAGGAGGCGACCGCAUAGGUGCCGUUUACAAGGCGCAUCAGUCUUUAGAAAAUGAUUUGGCCAAGUAUGUAUCACUGGUUGGGCUGGCCACGAAAAGUCAAAACACGUCCAAUAGCUUUAAUCCCUGGGACGAACUCAAGAAUCAAAUAGUACAUGUAAAUCUGAGCGUAUCGGUUUGUCUGCGGCUUUUUAGCGAACAUCGUGUCAUGCUGUCGUCAAAGGGAUGUGAAACGGUCGAAGCACUUUAUACACAGAAAAAAAGCCCCUCUGAAAGGCUUCACAGUUUCCUUAAUUUAAUAAAAGAAAAACUUGAUGGGAUGCUUUCCCUUUCCAUUGCACUUGUUGGAGGGAGAUGCCUCCGACUUAUCAAUCCAGAAAGUGCAGGCUUUUUUAUUCGCUCGUUCAUAGAAAAUGUUACCAAUUCUGAUGAAUAUGAUGCUCGCGAUCCUACUCAUGUCCGUAUUAAGGAGUGCGUAGUGGGUACUCAAGAUAUGCUUAAGGCGGAGCUGCCUUUACUUUUAUCUCUUGAGGUAGAGUGCUUUGCGGAGUGCGGGAAUACGAUGUUCCCAUUAGAUUGCGAACUGGACAGGCUUCGGGGGUGGAUAUCGAACAAUGAAAUAGAAGAAUUAUUAGCCUAUGAGGUAACGUGCAAACGACGUUACGCUGAAACGAGUGCUCAAAUCAUAAAAAAAGCUAAAUAUCGUGAGUCACUCGUUUCUUCAAAGGAAGAUGCACUAGGAAAAUGUUAUUCUGAAUCUGCACAACCUUACGGCAACAGCCCUCAUGAGCCUAAGAGCAUCAAACCACAGGAAACACCGCAGACUUCUCUUCAACUGCUUCUCAAUAUGUUUGGUCUUAAGGGCUGGAAGCUACAUGUGAGUCGCCUGGCUGCAGUAGUAAUCGGCAUUCUAUUGCUGAAGCUAUUCACAACAGGGGCUCUAAAGCUUUUAAAAUAUACAGCCAAUGUGAUGCGCUCAGCCCCGCGGAGGCAAAGACAACUGACAUUGUAGCGGACAUGGAUGAAUAUUUUUAUAUCACGGGAUCGUAAAAAAAUGCUAAACCUUCAGCUACAGUGAUUGACAAGACAAGCCAUAAAAAGCCACUAAAUUUAUUGGUUCAUAUAUUCCGAAGCAGAGUAAA